AUUGUGAAGAGAUAAUGGCAAGUCGCACUAGUCACAAUCUAACGUGGGGUUACAUAUCAACCCCACCUCCGCCACUUCCAUAUUUGAUCGAGGAAAGAUCAUGUUCUUACAUAGCCUUCAACCAUCUUUUGGGUAAAUACGAUGAGCAUCCUUCCCAAUCACUUCUCUUCAGUACUCAAGUUUGCAUCUAGAUCAAUUGUUAGGAGGAAAAUUUGUUCCGCUGGCAUAUCUCUCACGGGCUCUUUGGGUAUAGGUACUGGUAUUCGCUGUAAGAGAACCUUCAGUAUGACCACACGAUCAUUAGAUGCAAAUAGAGGAGAUGCAAAGGGAGUGAGACGUUUUGCUCCAUUGGAGAAGGAUAUAGAGAUCGGGGCAGAGAAGGUAGAAGUUGUCAGAACAUUGAAAGGAAUCAUCUUUGAUAUGGAUGGGACUUUGUGGUGAGUAGAUUUGUGUUGGAUUUUUUGUUUUUUGAGUUCGGGUUUUGUUUUAUGGUAUUGUGGCGAUUGGAAAUGAAUAUCUGAAUUAUUUGGAGGGAGAGAGCGAAAAUUCUGGAUUGAAGUGAAGAGGUGAAGAUCUGCUCCUUUUGAAGUUUCGAAGUGGGCAAAGUCAAGUGAGAGAUGAGAAAUGGUGAUUGCUUUUGCUUGUGUUUCGUUUCGCAUGGGUAAUUUUGUAAAGCUUUCUGGAGGCUAGAGUCUGGCAAGUUGUUAGACUUCAUUUCAUGACACAAAAGGAUUGAAUGUAUUGGAUAGCGUGCUUGAACCAUGUGUUUCUUGAUAUGGUUACAAAGAGGGUUUUGCCAAUGAGGAGUCACUCAUGGUUUUGUAAGCUCUUACAUUAUCCGCAUCUAGAAUUGAUAUAUAAUGUCGCACCACUUCACAGGCUACAAAGACUUUCCACUACAAUCACCAUAUCAAUUAAGUGCUUUCUCUCGAGCUCUAUAACUAACUUAUCAACAGUGAGCCACAGACCUACAUGUAUGUGUAGUACGACACACUCCUUUGAACUCCGGCUCAAAGCAGCAUCCAUGGUCAUUCCUUCCUAACACCCACAAUAGGUUCGGACAAAUGCGAAACGCUCUGGGAAUCGACAAAACCAUCGAUAUCCUCGACCACAUCUAUUCCCUCCCUGUCUCUGACCAAGAAGCCGCUCAUGAGAAAAUCCGCACUAUAGAACGCGAGGCCAUGCUCACCCAAGUUCCCCAACCAGGUAUUUCGCCAUUUCUCCGUCACAAGUUUCCCAUCCUAAACUAACAAACAAUCAAACCCCAGGUCUUCAAACCCUCUUCACCUAUCUCGCAACCCUUACACCUCCCUCCCCUCGCAAUCCUAACACGCAACCACCCACCCCCAGUCCACCACCUCCUAACAACCCAUCUCCCACAAACUCCCUUCUCCCCCAUCAUAACCCGUGAAUUCCGACCUCCAAAACCUCAUCCCGCGGGAAUUCUCCACAUAGCGAAGGAAUGGAAUGUCGAUCCAGCCGAUACGAUUAUGGUGGGUGAUUCGAUCGAUGAUAUGAAAGCUGGGUUUGCGGCGGGGGCCGCAACGGUGCUUUUAGGGAAUACUGUUAAUAGGGACUUGUGGGAACAUGAGUGUACGGAUUUG